UCUAUUUUAAUAAAAAUGAUUGUUAAGAGUUUCAUGAGUCCUUUGCCCUGGGCGGAGUGCCCUGCGAUGAAUGACACGAGUAUUCCAGAAAUCAACAGAUUGGAAUGUCAGAUUGCAGGACCGACAGCCUACUUCUGGUAUAGAGAUACCCUGGAAAUAUCAGCUGAUCUGGAGUCACCGGAUCAAUUCAAUUUUAUUGUUGCUAUUUGCCUCAUCUCAAGUUGGUUGAUGCUGUACCUGGCAAUGAUCAAGGGUAUAACAGAAAGCCCUAAAGUUGUUUAUAUCACCUCCAUCUUCCCCUACCUCGUCCUUGUUAUAUUCUUCUGCCGAGCUGUAACUCUGCCAGGGAUGGGAGACGGGAUUCUUCAUCUCUUUACUCCGAAGUUUUCUCUGCUCCUGGAUCCAAUGGUCUGGUUAGAGGCUGGGACUCAAAUAUUCUUCUCACUUGGCCUUUCCUUCGGUAGCUUGAUAGCUUACAGUUCCUACAAUCCAGUAGAUAGCAACUGUAUGAGAGAUGCUCUUAUUGUGGCGAUUACCAACUGUUUCACUUCGAUUUUUGCCGCUAUCAUCAUCUUCGCUAUUCUUGGAUUUAAGGCUCACAAAUCUCUUGAGCAUUGUUUGGCUACACGUGCUGAAAUCCUCGAAGACAUUGGCGGCACUGAAUCAGCUGUUGAGCCGGCAGAAUCAGCUGAUAGCAUGUUUACCUGGGCAGUAGUUGACGGAGAUAACGUCACGGUGCCAAUCUGUGAUCUACAGAGGGAAUUAGACAAGUCUGCAAGUGGUACUGGAUUGGCUUUCAUACUGUUCACAGAUGCAGUGAAUCAGUUCCCAUACUCUAACGUCUGGGCAGUCCUUUUCUUCUGCAUGGUACGUGACAACGUUGUGGUGAGAGGAAUUAUUUGCUUGACCUGCUGUACACUCUCUAUGAUGUUUGCCCACAGUGCAGGAAGCUACGUGUUUACAAUCUACGACAAUUUCAGCGGAAAUAUUCCUCUUCUCGUCAUAGCACUGUUCCAGUGCUUAGGAAUAUCAUACGUCUAUGGACUCAAUAGGUUUUGUGACGAUAUUGCCCUGAUGACCGGCCACCGACCCAACGUGUUCCUCUGUUUCUGUUGGAAGUAUAUCUCUCCUGCUGUUAUGGUCGCUAUCCUAGCUGCUUUCUUUGGCAAAAUGGUUUUUGGAAAACUUACUUAUGAGGCGUGGGAUGUUGCUAUUGGGUCUGGUGUGGCUAAAGAAUGGCCCUGGUGGGCGUACAUCAUAAUAUUCUGCUUAAUCGGCAUGUCAUGUAUCUGGAUUCCUCUCAUUGCUGGACUCAAGUUUUUCGGAAUCCAGUUGCUUGCUGACGAGCCUGCAGGUUGGUUCCCUUCUGCUGAACUCCGAGACGAUAAUAACAUCGGAGUACACAAGGCGACCAAAUUUGAACGGCUUGUGUUUGGGUUCAGGGAUGAUGAGACUGAAGGAAUCUGUUUUAAAACCAGCACUGCUCCUUUAACAAAUACAACAUCAAAUUGUGGAGAUAAAACCAGCCCCCAGGAGCCGGGAGAGAACAAAAAAACUGGAGAAGACGAGAAAAGGGUUGUCUCUGUUCUGAAGAAGGAACAACCAAAGGAAACUAAAGAUACUAAGAAUGUAGAUUUAGAAAACAAAGAACCGGGGAAAAAUAAACCCUCUGUCAAAACAGAAGAAGACGCUCCAGGGGCGAAAAAUGAAAGUUUAGAAGACGCGAAGAAUGAAAAUAAGAAUGUGAGAAAAGGUUCUCUUUAGAAAUCUGUUAGGAGGCACAUAAAGUGGUCCAAAAAUUACCAAAGGUUUGUGAUAUAUUAUAU